UUGUUUGUAAUUGUUUUUGAUGUAAAAAAAUGGAUGAGAUAUUCUUCGAUCCGAUGGAGUUCUUGAAGAAACAACCGGUAGCCGACACAUUCGUCGACAUUUUGUUGUGCGCCGUGCCUAUAUGGCUGGCGGUAAUGAUCGGGCUCGCCAUCGGCUGGUCUUGGCGUCCGAGGUGGACCGGCUUGGUUUUCCUCGGCCUAAGAUCGAAGUUCCAGUUCAUCUGGACAGCUCCUCCCGGGUUCGGAGCUCGCCGACUCUGGUUCGCCUUCACCGCACUCUCUGCUCUAUCGGCCUUCUCCAUCUUUCGGAGGAUUUUCUCUAAGGUUAUGAAAGGGAGAUCAAAGAUAUCGGCAGCUUCGGCUUCGGAUUCCGCCGUUCCAUUGCCAUCGCCGCCGCCUCCUACAUUGCGGAUUUCGCUGGAAGGCGCCGCUGAAGCUGAUAGCCGCGGUGGUAAAGCUGAAGAAAUACAGCAGGCUAUUGUCACGGAGAAUGACUUAGCACACCUCUUGCAUUUACUAGAGGCGAAGGAUGGGGAGAUGGAAUGGCAAAGGAUGAUGGAAAGGACUACUUCAAAUACGUCAUACCAAGCUUGGCGCCAAGAGCCUGAGAGUGGGCCUGCAGUUUACCGUAGUAGAACUGUCUUUGAGGAUGCAACUCCAGAAAUGGUUAGGGAUUUCUUCUGGGAUGACGAUUUUCGACCGAAGUGGGACACUAUGCUGGCAUACUUCAAAAUUUUGGAUGACUGCCCUCGUACAGGGUCAAUGAUUGUUCACUGGAUAAGAAAGUUCCCGUUUUUCUGCAGUGAUAGAGAUUACAUAAUUGGUCGAAGAAUAUGGGAGGCUGGAAAGACUUUCUAUUGUGUGACAAAGGGGGUACCAUAUCCUGGUUUGCCGAAGCGUGACAAGCCAAGACGAGUGGAGCUUUUCUUUUCAAGUUGGAUUAUCAGGCCUGUGGAGUCUCGGAAAAGCGAUGGACAGCAGUCCGCAUGUGAAGUUACUCUCGUACAUUACGAAGACAUGGGGAUCCCGAAAGACGUAGCCAAAUUGGGUGUUCGUCACGGGAUGUGGGGAGCUGUGAAGAAAUUGCACUCUGGAAUGAGAGCAUACCAGAAUGAAAGAAAAGCCGAUGCUUCAUUGUCUAGAUGUGCACUAAUGGCAAGAAUAAGCACAAAAUUUUCUUGUGAUGACAACACAAGUUAUCCUGGUCCUGUUUCAAGGGAAGACGAAAAUGAUCAAAGCACCGUUAUUGGGAGGAAGAACAACAAUGGCCUUAACUGGAAGUUGAUCGCCGUAGCUGGAACCGUGGCGCUGGCUUUCGGAUUCCACUCGGGUGCAAUCGGGAAGGCUUUGUUAGUUGGAGCCGUGCAGAGAAAUGGCCGGCGAUGAAUUUAUUUUAUUUUUUCACUUGGUGUGAU